UUUCCUUUCCGGAAGUGCUCAUCAGCCGAUUCCUUCGCUUGCGAACUAAGAUGGCGGCGGCCGUGUCUGCCGCUUGCCGAGCGGGCCGGCAGCUUUUCUGGGUUCGGCCGGGACAGCUCACCACGCGGUGCUCAACCCUCGGACAGCGGGCCCUUCAUCUUGGGAGAAACCGAUAUAGGGCUACCAAAGUAGCACCCCAAAUUGUUGUGAAUGUCCCCGAAACAAAAGUCUCGAUUCUGGACAAUGGCCUGAGGGUAGCUUCGGAAGAUUCUGGACUGACAACAUGUACAGUGGGACUUUGGAUUGAUGCUGGAAGCCGAUAUGAGAACGAGAAAAACAAUGGAACGGCUCACUUCCUGGAGCACAUGGCUUUUAAGGGCACGAAAAAAAGAUCUCAGCUGGACCUGGAGCUAGAGAUUGAGAACAUGGGCGCUCACCUUAACGCGUACACCUCGCGAGAACAAACGGUGUAUUACGCCAAGGCAUUCUCGAAAGACCUGCCGAGAGCGGUCGAGAUUCUUGCUGACAUCAUACAGAACAGCACCUUGGGGGAGGCCGAGAUUGAGCGGGAACGAGGCGUGAUCCUUCGGGAAAUGCAGGAAGUGGAGACCAACCUACAGGAAGUGGUCUUUGAUUAUCUUCACGCCACCGCUUACCAAAACACAGCCCUGGGACGGACGAUUUUAGGACCCACCGAGAACAUUAAGUCCAUUAACCGCAAUGAUUUGGUGGAAUAUAUAACAACGCAUUACAAAGGACCAAGAAUUGUGCUGGCGUCUGCAGGAGGAGUAGCUCAUGGGGAAUUGCUUGAGCUGGCAAAAUACCAUUUUGGCAACUUGCCGUCCAUUAAGAAAGAAAGCGCUCCGGUUUUGCCCCCUUGCCAGUUCACCGGCAGUGAAAUCCGAGUGCGAGACGAUAAAAUGCCUCUGGCCCACCUGGCCAUUGCGGUGGAAGCAGCUGGCUGGUGUCACCCAAACACCAUUCCUCUGAUGGUGGCCAACACGCUCAUUGGCAACUGGGAUCGCUCUUUCGGCGGGGGAAUGAACCUGUCCAGCAAGCUCGCCCAAGCUGCGUGUCACGGCAACCUUUGUCACAGCUUCCAGUCUUUCAACACGUGCUACACGGAUACAGGGCUGUGGGGUCUAUAUAUGGUUUGCGAAGGAGCCACUUUAGAGGAUAUGAUGCACUAUGUUCAGAGGGAAUGGAUACGUCUGUGCACCAGUGUUAACGAAAGUGAAGUAGCCCGGGCGAAGAAUCUCCUGAAGACAAAUAUGCUGUUACAACUAGACGGUUCCACUCCCAUUUGUGAAGACAUCGGACGGCAAAUGUUGUGUUACAAUCGCCGGAUCCCCAUUCCCGAACUGGAAGCAAGAAUCGAAGCCGUUAAUGCUCAGACAGUCAAGGAAGUAUGCACCAAGUACAUCUAUAAUAAGCGCCCCGCGGUUGCAGCAGUGGGGCCUCUUGAACAGCUCCCAGAUUACGACCGACUCUGCAGCGGCAUGUAUUGGCUUCGCGACUGAAAUCUUUCAGCGAGCUCUCUUGGGAGACUUAAGAAGACACUUCAGAAAUUUUGUGACAAUAGUUAAAACAUUCAGGACUAGAAGGGAUGGUUUUUAUUCCCUUUCCACCGAACGGCAGACUUUUUAAAAUAAAGUCAUCCUGAUCACCGCUUGGCUUUUCCGGGACAAGACGCCGCUGCUCCCCCGAUGAUCUGUUCGAUCGAACCGACAACGCAGGGAAAUCUAGAAAAAAAAAUAAAAAACCAAAACGGAA